AGCGGCUCAGAUGUCGGAGUAGCAGCGGCUCUGGCGCUCCGCACCCUCCGUCUGCGGCAGCCGGGGCUGGCGGCCCCGGCUCCUGCCCGGCCCCCUCCCCCAACCCCAUGCCUCAGUCCUAACCCCUCCGCCCUCCCGCGCGGGGGGCCUUUCGCCGUGCCCCCUGCCCGCCGCGUCCAAGUGGGACACCAUGAACGACCAGUAUCACCGGGCGGCCCGGGACGGCUACCUGGAACUCCUCAAGGAGGCCACCCGGAAGGAGCUGAACGCCCCCGACGAGGAUGGCAUGACCCCCACCCUCUGGGCCGCCUACCACGGCAACCUGGAGUCGCUGCGCCUCAUCGUGAGCAGAGGCUUCCAAUGGCCACCUGCACUGCCUCUCCUUCCUGGUGUCCUUCGGGGCCAACAUCUGGUGCCUGGACAACGACUACCACACGCCGCUGGACAUGGCCGCCAUGAAGGGCCACAUGGAGUGCGUGCGCUACCUGGACUCCAUCGCGGCCAAGCAGAGCAGCCUCAACCCCAAGCUGGUGGGCAAGCUGAAGGACAAGGCCUUCCGCGAGGCGGAGCGGCGCAUCCGCGAAUGCGCCAAGAUGCAGCGCAAGCACCAUGAGCGCAUGGAGCGGCGCUACCGGCGCGAGAUGGCCGAGCGCUCCGACACGCUCAGCUUCUCCAGCCUCACAUCCAGCACCCUGAGCCGCCGGCUGCAGCACUUGGCACUGGGCAGCCACCUGCCCUACUCGCAAGCCACGCUGCACGGCACCAACAGGGGCAAGACCAAGAUCCAGCGGAAGCUGGAGCGGCGCAAACAGGGCGGCGAGGGCACCUUCAAGAUCUCCGAGGACGGACGCAAGAGCGUGCGCUCGCUCUCGGGCCUGCAGCUGGGCAGCGACGUGAUGUUCGUGCGCCAAGGCACCUACGCCAACCCCAAGGAGUGGGGCCGCUCCCCACUCCGGGACAUGUUCCUCUCCGACGAGGACAGCGUCUCUCGUGCCACACUGGCGGCUGAGCCUGCCCACUCGGAGGUCAGCACCGACUCAGGCCACGACUCCCUGUUUACCCGCCCGGGCCUGGGCACCAUGGUGUUCCGCAGGAACUACCUGAGCAGCGGGCUGCACGGGCUGGGCCGCGAAGACGCGGCGCUGGACGGCGCGGGCACACCGCGGGCUCGGCUGCAGAGCUCCCCCAGCCUGGACGAUGACAGCCUGGGCAGUGCCAACAGCCUGCAGGACCGCAGCUGCGGGGAGGAGCUGCCCUGGGACGAGCUGGACUUGGGCCUGGAUGAGGACCUGGAGCCUGAGACGAGCCCAUUGGAGACCUUUCUGGCCUCCCUGCACAUGGAGGACUUCACCUCCCUCCUGCGGCAGGAGAAGAUCGACCUGGAGGCAUUGAUGCUGUGCUCCGACCUCGACCUCCGCAGUAUCAGCGUCCCCCUGGGACCCCGAAAGAAGAUCAUGGGGGCCGUCCGGAGGCGGAGGCAGGCGCUGGAGCGCCCACCAGCCCUGGAAGACACAGAGCUAUAACGGGGGGCUUUUCUCCCCAGACCAAAAUGAAUUGCAAGUUGCCAUAACCCACGGUGGGACCGUGAGGUCCUCACAGUCGCCAGACCUGCAGCCCCCUGGGCCCCUCCCUAGGGGCAAGGACCAUGCGGGACGUCUCCCUUGAAAGCUUUCCCACACUCCACAGCAGAGGGUAUGGCCUGGAGGCACCCAGAAAGGUCCCAGAGCCCUUGAGCCACCCCCAUCUGAGUGACCCUAAAGGACAUGUGGAUUUGCUG